ACCCGGCUGACGGCCGCAUUUGGGGUUCCGUGGAUAAGUACAUACUGGAGGCAAUGAAGGGACCGCCGGCUACCGCCGCCGCCCAGGCCUUCACUAUCGCCGUGCAGGGCCGGGUGUACGCCGUUGAGGUCUCCGGCUUCGCCUGGUCCAGCGACCUGGUCGUCUAUGGCACCGCCACAUCGGUCGGCGUCAUCAGGAUCACGUUGCCGGAGGACAGCGACACCGGCGAACUGGAACACGCGCUGCUGCACGAGUUCCACCACGACUCGCGCGUCCGCUGCCUGGCCUGGAGCGCCGAGACGAACCUGGCCGAGGUGCCGCAGCGCGUCAAGUUCGCCGCCGCCGGCGCCGACCACCGGAUCCGCGUGUUCGAGCACACGGGCCGGCAGGAUGGCGGCCAGCUGCAGGUGCGCCUUCUGUGCGGCCAUACCGACUACAUCAACGACUUGGCAUUCGGCCCGGACGGCCACACGCUGGCCAGCGUCGGCGACGACCUCACAUGCCGCCUGUGGAACGCCUCCGACCUCACGCCGCUGGCCUGCAUCGCCGCCGACGACCCCUGCGUGGGCGUCUGCUGGCACCAGGAGGAGCCGUACCAGCUGCUGGUGGCCGCCGCCUCGGGCGUCGUCACCUUCUACAACACAGAGACGCGCGCCGCCGUCUCCGCCCUGCACACGGGCCUGCCGGGCCUGGCCGGCGCCGACUGGUCGUCGGCGGACGUGCUGCGGGUGGCAACCGUUCAUGAUAGCAAGCUGAUCACACUCGACUUGUCCCGGCACAGCACGCGCGAGACGGAGCACGACGUUCACAGCGGGGGAGGGCAGAGGGUGAAGUUCUCUCGGACCGCAAAACAGCACGUGGCCACCUGUGGCCUGAAUCAGGUCAAGGUGACACAGCUGGAUGUCAAGCAGGCUGCUCCUCUGACCGCUGAUCUCAUGGCGGUGGGCGGCAUCAGCUGGCACAGUGUGCUGCCGUACCUGGUGGCCGGCGGCGACCGGCAGCUGCUGGUGUGGCGCGUCACUGUCAUCUGAGCGGCCGGCCGCCGCCGAGACUGGCUCCGGUGUGCCGCCUGCUCCCGUGACGCCGGAGCAGUCUCCCCGCCGUCACCGCCGCCGCCGCCGUCAUCGCAAUAUCGACCUCACUGACGACGACCCGUCAAUACAGCCUUUUGUAUGA